CAAAAUUCAUCAAUCUAGUGACAAGUGAGCUGCAACACUCUCCAUGUGCAUGCUGGGAAAGGAAUACAAUGGCGGCCUCUUCAUGUGAGGAGUGAACAACAACAAACUUCUUCAAGCAGCUAUACUCGACACCAACCCAGUGACAAGCGGCCAUGAAUCCCAACCCAGCACCCGAUAACUUGGACGUGGUGCCCACGGAAAUUGGGGGCGUUGAACUCACGGGCUUCAGGAUUCUGGACACAGAAUACGUUUCACUGCCAGAGAUACGGAAUAAGGUGUUAUACAAGUCUCCAGCUCAGAUCUACAACAAGCAGAAGCAGCUGAACCUGCAGAGUGCAUUCCCCGUCUCGCCACGCCAGUUCAUGAUCCUGAAGGAGCGAGGUGCCGUGGACCACAAUGCCAAAUCUUGCUCCAUGAUCUCCAAAGAAGAUGCCGAGAAACUUUGUCAAUCCUUCCGAAACUACAGGAGCAGGAGCAGGAUUGGCUCGCUGGGUUCACCUAUUGAUUUCAGGGCUAUCAUGAAGGCAUCUUCCCUGCAAGGCUUCCCUCUGGCUGAGCUGGCAGCUGCUCAGGCUGCACAUGCCCAGGCAGCAGCCGCAGCUGCAGCCGCACACCAUGCCUCCUCCGCCCCGAUCACCACCCAUGGCAACACGGUGACCACCACGGCCAACGGCAAUCCCCCCACCACACAGUACCUGGGCGGGUCGACCCGCGGGGAGCUGGCCGACGUCAUCUCCGUGCUGGACGACGAGCUGGACCAGAUGGGUUCCCCGGGCAUGAAGGGGCAGGAUUCUCCCUCCACCCCUGCCACCACAGCCUCUAGCAGCCCCGGCCACAUGGCACUACCUCAGCUCUCCCAGCAGGACCUCGCCGAGCGGCUGCAGAGCACCAUGGGAGAGCAGCUGUCCAUCAAGCACGUCAGCGAGUAUGGCGUGCAGCAGGGCAGCCUCAUCCCCAAGUACCAGACCCGCAGCGACUCCAAAUGCAUCAUGUGCAAGACUUGUGGCAUCUUCUUCUCUCCGUCCGCCUUCCUCAAGCAUCUGCACGAUGAGUACGGCAAGCGCAUCGAAAGCACCGCACAGGUGUUGCAGCUAGACUUAGAGAGCCCAUCCGAGGAGCAGUACAAGUUGUGGAUGGACUUCCAGCUGAAGCUGAAGGGGAGUCUGUACCGGAAGCGAGCCCUUGCCAUGCAGGAGCUGGGCAUCAUGUCCCCCGAGUUGAAGCGUUUCUGUGGCAACAACGAGAGCCCCAUGCCUCUCACCACGGCCAAUGUGGGAAGAAGAAAUAACAUCUCCUGUGAAACCCCACCGUCCUCCAUGCUUGCUAACCACACUCAGGGAGCAAUGAUGACCAAUGGCCUGCCCCAGCUGCCCCAGCCUCUCAACCUGGUGCGCAAACCCUCCCCGCCAGGAAAUGUCCACGCAGGAACCAACGGCAACUCUCAUGGGGAGCACCACGAGCCACACCCCACGGCCGACGGAAACACCUUCAAGAGAGAAGACCCAGUCUGUAUCCUGGAAACAGCUCAGGAACUGCUCGCCCUGGCUGCGCACAAACUCAGACGUGUCCGUGAGCAAGAGGAAGGCUCAGACCAUGUAGGGGAGUGGAAGACCAGGUACCUACAGGAGAAGACUUCCAGAGAGCAGGCUGAGGAGCGGAUCAAGCAGCUGGAAGAGCUGUUGGAUAGAGAGCAGAAGAUGCGAUCCCACCUGGAGGCUGCCAUGGCAGAGUCUGAGGAUGAGGACCAACUGCACAUUGAUGAGGAGCGGUCCCUUUCUCCCACCGAUUCCCAGUGAUCCCCCGUCUGGUGCAAUGGUUACUUCCAGAGCCCUCCGAAUCCUGUUGUGUUUUCCGCCUAAGUCGUACAUCUGAAUUCUCAACAUUUUAGUUGCUUCUCUCAGCAAAGCAGGAUUUAAACUUGUAGUGGUCACGGUGUUUUAGAGUGGUGAAGGUAUCACUAUCUUCUCUGCGACUUCUACCUCAGAGACAUCCUCAUGUCCAGUGAUUGAGUUUCAAUCCAAUAUUCAGAUAUGUGUGGUAACUGUGCUAGUAGGUGGGAUCAUUGUACUCCAGCAGCUGCUUUAUUUACGGGUUGUGAUUUGAAUGGUUGAAUCUUGCUUUAUAUCUGAUCUUGUGUGGAUACCUUGUGACAUAACUACCUCUACCUCAAACACCACAAACUAUGUACGAGUCAAACCUUACCAUCAAUAGAUAGGUCUGCAUUAGGCAGAUUGAUAUACGUCCUUUCUAUUUUGAUAUGCUUUCAAACUGUGGCAAUCCUCAGAUUAGUUAUGUACCUCUGACCAGCAGUUUGUUUCCAAUGAAAAGUAAAGAUUUAUUGUAAUCCAAAGAGAUUUUUUGCUUUCUAUGUAAUUCAGUAUGCAACAUUAAGUCAAUCUGUCUACCUCACACUUAAACUGACCACAGAACUAUGCUGCAUGUCUCAGGGGCUCGACUUCCCCUGAGACAAGUAUCAAAAUUUGGUUUGCAUUUAUAUCAAAGAUUAUCUCUUUGGUUUGUUGUCCUACAUAUUACCUCAGUUCAGCACAAUCUCAAUAUGCCAUCUGGAUUCAAGUGUUACUGCUGCUUGGUUGUCACAUAGGGGACAGAACUGUUCAAUACUUCUAAACUUCAGUACUUGUACUAGCUGUUAUCUUGGAAUAGUUACUUCAUAGUACUGUCUACUUACUUCUUGUAACAAGUCCUGAUACGUAAGAUUGUACGUGUGACAUAUAGUCUGUAGUUUAAGGCACUUUUAGUGUAAGAUACUUAGCUAACAAUGUAGUUUGUACAGUUAGGAAGAAUGUUAAGCGUGUAAAAUGCCAAAGAUGUUUUUCGUUCCUGUUUUUGUCCUAGGAGGCCACUUUUGUCCUAGUGUGGUUCUCCAAUUUCUCAGGAGACCUUUAGGGUCUUACAAUUAUUUUAGGUAAGUUUUAAAUGUUGUCGUGAUGUGGAAGUGUGUGACAUUAACUCAUUAACUGUGUAAAGUCGGCAUGAAGUGAUAGAUGUUUCAUACACUUAGGAUAAGAAAACUACCGUUUACCUCCACUGCCAAGUCCAACAUUUCUUACUGUAAAGUCUCCCAGAAGGGCUUUUCAUACUGUAAGUAUCCUAAUAUUAACACACCAGUACACAACCUAGAGACAAGUAGGGAUUGGAUGUAAGGACCCAGAAGAAGAACAUUUCUUGGGCCUUUGGGUAUCCUU